UGUGCGUGCGUGGACCCCGCAGCACACAGCCAAGUGAGCUCGCAGCGGCGCUUGCACGACUCGCAGAUGUUCCUGCAGCGGGAGCGAGCGUUGACUUUGUGAAAAGUUCACGAGGGGAACUCGGAGGCUGGAUUACAGGGCAAGGCAACUUUCUUGCUCCUUCCCCGGUCAUUUGCUCGCUCACACCGGGCCCGGUGGCAGUCUGUCCGUCCGUGCGUCCGUCGGUCAUUCCUCCCCGCCGGGCCCCCCUCCCACACGGAUGGCCCAGCGUCGGUCUGUGGCGCUCAGCACAGGCCGAGAGACUGCGCGCAGCUCGCAGACUCGGGCGCCGGGACAAGCUGCCGCGUCCUCGCCGGCGAUCCGCUUUGACGACUUUACGCGUUGAAAUCAAAACAACAACAAAAGGAGAAAAAAGCGGCGCUUCAAAGCCUCCGCUAUGGGGCGCGUGCACGUUCUCAUGUGCUUUUCACUCAGUCAACUUUUGCUGGAGCUUUCUUUUGCUGCAGGGACAUUUGAUCCAGCAAAAGGUGCAGAUACACUGGAGCUGUCGGUCGCUGCAGGGAUACGCGAAAAUCUCUCCGGCAAGUUAAACGACUACGACCUCAUGGUUCCAUUCAGCACAGACUCCCGCGGCCGCUUCAAGUCUCACGUGCUGUCUGUGGACGAGGAAGGGAGCAGUGGGAGGAGGAGGACCAGGGUGGCCCGUGACGCCUCCCUGGACUCCUCGGACUCCCCGUUGUUAUUCUUCAACGUCACCGUCUUCGGCCAAGAGCUGCACUUGAGGCUGAGGGCCAACCGGAGGCUGGUGGCCCCCGGGGCCUGGCUGGAGUGGCAGGAGGACUUCCAGGCCAAGGGGGAGCAGCGGCUGCGCGCCGACUGCAUCUUCACCGGUGACGUGAGCGACGUGCCGCACGCCGCCGUGGCCAUAAGCAACUGCGACGGACUGGCAGGCCUGAUCCGCACGGAUGACGGCGAGUUCUUCAUCGAACCUCUGGAGAGGGGCCGGCGGGACGCCGAGGCCGAGGGACGCGUGCACGUGGUCUACCGCCGCUCGGCCCUCAAGCGCGGCGACGAGCUCCGCAAUCAAGUGUCCGACUUUGGCACGGCGGUGGCGGAGCUGCCGGCGGCCGCGGAUCUGCUUUGGCGCCACGCGGCGGAGCCACAACGCAAGCGCCGCCACGCCCAGAAGGACGACUACAACAUGGAGGUGCUGCUGGCCGUGGACGACUCCGUGGUGCGAUUCCACGGCAAGGAGCACGUCCAGAACUACGUGCUGACCCUCAUGAACAUCGUUGAUGAAAUCUACCACGAUGAGUCUUUGGGAACCAGCAUCAACAUCGUCCUGGUGCGCAUGAUCAUGGUCGGCUACAGGCAGUCCAUCAACCUGAUCGAGCGUGGCAGCCCAUCGCGCAGCCUGGAGCAGGUGUGCCGCUGGGCCAACACGCAGCAGCGCGCCGACCCCGACCACGCCGACUACCACGACCACGCCAUCUUCCUCACCAGGCAAGAUUUUGGUCCCGCAGGUAUGCAAGGUUACGCGCCGGUGACGGGCAUGUGCCACCCGCUGAAGAGCUGCACCCUCAACCACGAGGACGGCUUCUCCUCCGCCUUUGUGGUCGCUCACGAGACGGGACAUGUGCUGGGGAUGGAGCACGACGGGCAGGGCAACCGCUGCGCCGACGAGACGGGCAUGGGCAGCAUCAUGGCCCCGCUGGUCCAGGCUGCCUUCCACCGCUACCACUGGUCCCGCUGCAGCAAGCAAGAGCUCAGUCGCUACAUUCACUCAUACGACUGCCUGCUGGACGAUCCCUUUGAGCACAAGUGGCCCAAACUUCCCGAGCUCCCCGGGAUCAAUUAUUCCAUGGAUGAGCAGUGCCGCUUUGACUUUGGCGUGGGUUAUAAGAUGUGCACAGCCUUUCGUACGUAUGACCCCUGCAAGCAGUUGUGGUGCAGCCACCCUGACAACCAGUACUUCUGCAAAACCAAAAAAGGCCCACCAGUGGAUGGAACGGAAUGCGCGCCCGGAAAGUGGUGCUUCAAAGGCCAUUGCAUCUGGAGGUCCAGCCAGGAGCCUCAAGGCCACGACGGCAACUGGAGCGCCUGGUCCAAGUUCAGCUCGUGUUCGCGGACAUGCGGGGGCGGCGUCCGCUCCCGUAGCCGGCAGUGCACCGACCCCCCGCCGGCGUACGACGGUCGCGAAUGCCCGGGCUCCGCCUUCGACUACCAGAUGUGCAACACGGAGGAGUGCGUCGGCCCCUUCCAAGACUUCCGUGCUCAGCAGUGCCUCCAGAGGAGCAACAAGUAUCACAACAACAUGAAGCACACCUGGCUGCCUCACGAGCACCCGGACGAGAGCCGCAAGUGCGAGCUGAGCUGCAGGUCCAAGGAAACGGGCGAGGUGGUCUUCAUGAACCAGGUGAUGCACGACGGGACCCGCUGCAGCUACGCCGACCACUUCAGCGUGUGCGCGCGAGGAGACUGUCUGCACGUGGGCUGCGACAAGGAGGUGGGCUCUUACAAGGAAGAGGACAAAUGCGGCGUGUGCGAGGGUGACAACUCGCACUGCCGCACCGUCAAGCUGACGCUCACCAAGACGCCCAAGAAGAACGGUAACACCCGCCGACGCUCCCGUUCUCCCUUCGUGUUUGACGGGCUCUACGUGUCGGCAGGGAUGCUACAAAUGUUCGACAUCCCGACGGGCGCCCGGCACAUCGUCAUCGAGGAGAAGGACGCCUCCCCUCACGUCAUCGCGGUGAAGAAUCAAGUGACCGGCGACUUCAUCCUCAACGCAAAAAGCAAAGACCCCCAGUCAAAAACCUUCAUCGAGAACGGUUUGCAGUGGGAGUAUGCCGUCGAGGACGGCAAGGAGACUCUGCGAACCUCCGGUCCUCUCCACGAAGGCAUCUUCGUGAUGGUUGUUCCCCAGGAAGAGGAAGCCAAGAUAAGUCUGACGUACAAGUACAUCAUCCACGAGGACCUUCUGCCUCUCAUCACCAACAACAACGUUCUUCUGGCCGAGUUGGAUUCCUACGAGUGGGUGCUGAAGAGCUGGUCGCAGUGCUCCAAAGCUUGCGGCGGAGGCAUCCAGUACACCAAAUACGGCUGCCGGAGGAAGAGCGACAGCCGCUUGGUGCACCGCAACUUGUGCGAUGGCAACAAGAAACCCAAACCCAUCCGCAAACGCUGCAACGUCCACGAGUGCAGCCAGCCUGCGUGGGUGGCGGACGAAUGGGGCGCCUGCAGCAAGACCUGCGGGAAGCAAGGUUUCCAGAUCCGGACGGUGCGCUGCAUGCAGGCGCUGCACAACGGCACCGGCCGGCCCAUCCACAGCAAGCACUGCGUCGGGGAACGGCCACCGCCCAAGCAAGCCUGCAACCACACGGCGUGCCCCGCCCAGUGGAGGACGGGGGCGUGGUCGCAGUGCUCGGUGACGUGCGGACAAGGCAUCCGGCAAAGGCAGGUGGUGUGCAAGUCUGGGGACAACGCGCCAGGAACGUGCCAGGGAGACGAACCCGAGACGGUGCUCAUCUGCAAACUUGACGCUCCGUGCCCAGUUCCAGACCAACCAGCUCUUGGCUCGAACAAUGUGACCAUCCAAGAUGAAGCCCUGGGCCAAAGCGUGUUGGGUCAUCAAACCGUGUCAAGCGAGGCAUGCCAAGGGGACAAAUCCAUCUUCUGUCAAAUGGAGGUUCUUGUGCGCUACUGCUCCAUCCCUGGAUAUAACAACCUCUGUUGCGAGUCGUGCAACAAGAACCUGUCCACGGCCUCUCCCGAGCUAUCCAACGCCACCGCCAAGGCCUCGGCAGAACCCCAGACCAAUUCCUCCGGCAAGUUUCACGCAGUUUCCCUCACUGCCCACGAUCCGACGCAAACCACAGAAAGUGACAUCAGGCGGGCACGGCCCACCGCCCGGACUCCCGCCCGGUCCACCGUCGCCACCCCGACACCCACGGGCAGCACCGCUGACCCGGGGCCUCUUCUACCUCCAGGCAACGCCUCCCUGAAGGAGCGCAGGUCCGGCAGCACUUUAGGCCCACUGGCCGCAAAGUCAAGAAGGGACCGUUUCGGAUCCGAGAGAAACUCCAGUCACAGAUGAACACAUCAUCAACGUCAUCUCAAACAAUGCGCCGUUUAAAAGACUGCCUUUCUCUCGGUCUUUUUUUUUUUUUUUUAAUCUGCAGACCGAUGACGGUUACCUCAUCCAACCUCCAAAGAGCCACCGACGUGGGAUCGGUGGCUCUGUCCUCGGUGCUGUUUAAACGAGAUGCCUUGAAAACUGUGUACCGUUGUUUGAACCCCAAGUGCAGCAGAACUACUCGUGAACCGGUCAUGUGAACUUGUGGAGUCUCUGGUCGAAUCCAGAAGAAGACCAAAGUGGCAUUUUUGUUUUUGCUCCUUCAAAGCUAUCAAAUGUUCCUCUCUGCCCUUCCUGACAGGUAGCGGGACUGCUUCUUGUUCGCCGUCAGCGCUUUUCGAACUCGGCUCACUUCUGCUUUGACACCAAAACAAAAAAAACACGUCCGGAUGUUCGGACUGUGUUUUUUUUUUUUUUUUUUUUUUUAACUCUUUCUGCAAAUAAUGUAAAUAGUGUAAAUGAGGCCGUCAGGUACAAAAAAAUAUAAUACUGCAAGUGGCUUGUGUGUGCGCGGAGGCGCUCUUGUAUAGUUGCUGUACAAACCAAAAGCUUAAAACGUGAAUAUUUAUUGAGUCUUUGCGUGUAUACCUCUGUAAACAGUAAAACACUCUCAAACAACAGAAAA